AUGGUGGGCCCAGAGGGCUGCGACAAGGCGCAAGUGGUUCUGACACGGGUAGACGGGGACGGAGUGUUCGAGCUCGGCGCCUUCUACGAGAUCGAUCAUGAAAUGCUUCCCCCCAAGUCCCCGAUCCAGCUGAAAGCCAUUCGAGUCGUAAAGGUGGGCGAGGCGACGAAGCUGGACGUAACGGUUAGCUUCCCAAGCACGCUCGCGCUGCGGAACUACUUCGCGAUUUCACCGGAGCCUGGCCGUGACCCGGAGCUGGACGAGAGGUUCGUCAUGAGCUCGAACCAGGCGGGAAGGAUACUCCGACGGCCAGUGCCCCCGUCGGAGCUGGAAGAUCAGAAGCACCUGGAGAGUUUCUGGCUGUCGACUUCCAACCUGCACGAGUUCCCCCUGCCUAUGGUGCCCAUCGGAUCAGUAACGGCAGAAGACGAGAUCGGUAAGCGAGCGUCGCCAGUUGGAAACUGCCUCUUGACCAUCAAGCGCGCAGGCUUUCUUGGCUGGGGGAUCCGAAGAAAGGUUAAGUACAUUGGGAGACACCGGGAGAUGUCUUUAUCGAUGUCCGAUCAGAAAGACGAGGAGCAGCAACAUGAAAAGAAAAGAAAACGGGAGGUCGUCGAGGAGGAGGAGACGGAGAAGAAGAAGGAGAAACAAAGGGGAAAGAAGGGUGAGAAGAAGACAAAACCUCGGCGCGACAACGAGGAUAAGUGGAGGUGCGUGAAGGAGCAGCAAAAGGGGAAGGGGAGCAGGGACCGGUGGUCUUCCGAGAGGUACGAGGCGGCGGAGAUGAAGCUGCUGGAAAUCAUGAAGGUGAAGAAGGCCGGGCUCGGGAAGCCCAUCAUGCGGCAGGCGCUGAGGGAGGAGGCGAGGAAGCACAUUGGAGACACGGGGCUCCUGGAUCAUCUGCUGAAGCACAUGGCGGGCAAAGUCGUGAUGAACGGCACCGAGCGGUUCCGCCGGCGGCACAACUCGGAGGGGGUGAUGGAGUACUGGCUGGAGCCGGCGGACCUGGUUGAGGACCGCCGGAAGGCCGGGGUGGUGGAUCCCUACUGGGUCCCUCCGCCAGGGUGGAAGCCUGGCGAUGCCACGUCUGCGUGCGCCUGCGGUGGUGCGUGCAAGCCUGUGAUAAAACAACUCAGAGAGGAAAUAUUAAUUCUCAAGAGGGAUUUGGAGCAGCUGAGCUCACCGAAGGAUAUCGAAAAGGUCGUUUUAGCUGUGCGUUUUCUUAAUCACAUGCAUGUUUGUCUUCUGGACCGUUUCACUGAAAGCUGGCAAAGAGUAAUAAUACACAUCAAUGGGCACAUGAGAGAGGACUACAGUCGUUUUAUGGAAAGGAGUAAGAAGCUUGAUGAAGAAAUAAGUGUCAUUUACAAUUGUUUGCAGGGCUUGAAGGAAGAGAUCCGACUCAUGAAGGAGCAGGAAAACAAGAACAUGGAGAUUGAGGUAAUGAGAGAAGACAGGGGAAUGCAGUACGAAGAAGAUGUGGCCAUGAAGCAGGAGGGGAAUGAGAAGAAGGGAAAUGGAGACGCCAGCAACAGCAACAAUACCACUGACAGUACCACGAACGACACCAAUAACAACAGCAGCAGCAACAUAACCAACCAAACCAUUACCACCAUCGGUACUAGUAAGUGUAGCAAGAGCACCACUACAAACAACAAUAAGGCGGGGGCGCGCCGGAGUGGGUUCAGGAUCUGCAAGCCGCAGGGGACAUUCCUGUGGCCGGACAUGUGGAGCAGCAACAAUGGCAGCGCCACUGGCGGCGGCGGCGGCGGCGGAGGGGAGCUGCGUUCCCAGGGCCCUGUGUUGGUCCCCAACACCAUGAUGACCACCACGAUGGCCAUGACGACAGCGGCCAUAGAGGAGCACCUGAUGCUGAUGGGUGGUGUCCCCACACCUCCCUCGGCCUCAUCAGCCACCUCGGCCCCCAGACUCCUCCUGCUGCCUUCUCCGACGUCCCCAGUCCUGACACGUCCCCCAGAGGUCGUGGCGGUCCCCCCGCCUCCUCCUCCCUACUGCAGUCUGCAGCUGCAGCAAACAGGCAGCUCCCACAACAGCUUCCCUUCCGUUGUGUACCAUCACAUGGUUGCUCGCGUUUGGGCGCAGACAACAUCUUCGCCAACAAUGCUACCUGGCGUAGGGGAUGAGCCGGAGGGAAACAUGAGAUCAGAGUCAGCAACCGCGGCUUCUAACUGGAAUGCACACAAGGGAGGAAGAAGCAACAUCACCACGGAUUUAUCCCUCGCCACGCCCUCCACCACCUACCAGUGA